GUCGCCCCGCCGCAGCGUGUGAGUACCGAGAGAGCAGGGAGGGAUUUCACCCCGCGGUCUUUCCCCGCACGUCGUGUCAUAACUGUCGUCACGCACAGCGGCGGCUGUUUGGUAGCGCGCGACUGGCGUGACACGUCUAGUUCCGCUGUUGCAGGGCUGCACUUCCGUGUUAGCGGUCAUCCGGCGGGUCGGGCGCGGCGGGACCGGAGGUCUGCUCUGAUUCCGGCGGGGCAGGAAUGAGAAAGAGAGCCGCCAUGGGACUAACCAGCAGCACCGACGCGACGGAGUCAGGCUCGAAGCGCAAACAGGGGCUGAGGGACGAUCCAGAUGCCCAGUUACCCGAACAUCCUUCGGGCAUACUCAGUGUUCUUCCCCUCGAGGUGAUGGAGGAGAUCUUCAUGAACCUCCCUGCCCGUCAGGUCGUAUGUGUUUGCCGGCUAGUGUGUCGAGUGUGGAAAGAGGUGGUGGACAGUGAAUCUUUAUGGCGAGAGAGAUGUCGGCGAGAGGGGUUUCACCUACGUGAUGCUACCAAAAUACCAGAGGACUGGAGAUUGUUUUACUUCUUGACCAAGCAGAGAAGAAACCUGCUCAAGAACACAAGAGGGGAAGAGAACCUCAAAGGCUGGCAGAUUUUGGCCAAUGGUGGCGACAGGUGGCAAGUAGAGGGGGUGUUUGUGCCCCAUCCCAACGAAGUGGUCCAGAAGUGCUUCGUGACCUCUUACCAUCUCUGCAGGAAGUCUCAGCUGAUUAACUUGGAGAAUGAAGGUUACAGCGCCUCCUUCAUGGACCACGUUCAGCCUGACAUCAGAAUAUCUGACUGGUAUGCACCGCGGUGGGACAGUGGGAGUGAAUAUGGAAUCAGUGUUGAGUUGCUGAACCAAAACAAAGAGCCUCUCCACACAUUUGCUCCAGAGACCAUUUAUUUUCAGCAGUGGAAUGACCAGAAAUGGAAUCAGAUGUCUGUCUUAAUGUUUAUGUCCCAGAUGACCCACGUGUUCAGGAACUAUGGCCCGGGGGUGCGGUACAUCCGGUUCACCCAUGGAGGGCAAGACACACAGUUCUGGGCGGGAUGGUAUGGAAUCCGGCUGACUGACAGCAGCGUUGAGAUAUGUCCUUCAGUGGAGCGUUCACCUGAACACCGCUAGCGCUCCCCUCCGGCCCUCACCUAAACUGCACCCCCCCCCCCAAGUCUUGUUUGCCUAUUCUACGGUCACACAUACGCGAAUGAAGGCCAAGACUACGGCAACCAUCACCCGCCGAGUCGAACUUCGUUAGCUUGUCGUACUGAACGUGGGCAGUGCAGGAUGUGACGUAUGCGGAAAUCGGUUUGUAGUCCGUUUGAGUAGUUGUGGUUGUCGGGUCACACGUGAGCGGCUGUUGGUGUUGCGACGGGAAGAAUGUCCGCCGAAUCCCUCCAUCCAUCAUCCAAACCCGUUACCCUGCUGAAUCCCUCCAUCCAUCAUCCAAACCCGUUACCCUGCUGAAUCCCUCCAUCCAUCAUCCAAACCCGUUACCCUGCUGAAUCCCUCCAUCCAUCAUCCAAACCCGUUACCCUGCUGAAUCCCUCCAUCCAUCAUCCAAACCCGUUAUCCUGUCCCUCCAUCCAUCAUCCAAACCCGUUACCCUGCUGAAUCCCUCCAUCCAUCAUCCAAACCCGUUACCCUGCUGAAUCCCUCAAUCCAUCACCAAACCUGUUACCCUGCUGAAUCCCUCCAUCCAUCAUCCAAACCCGUUACCCUGCUGAAUCCCUCCAUCCAUCAUCCAAACCCGUUACCCUGCUGAAUCCCUCCAUUCAUCAUCCAAACCCGUUACCCUGCUGAAUCCCUCCAUCCAUCAUCCAAACCCGUUACCCUGCUGAAUCCCUCCAUCCAUCAUCCAAACCCGUUACCCUGCUGAAUCCCUCAAUCCAUCACCAAACCUGUUACCCUGCUGAAUCCCUCCAUCCAUCAUCCAAACCCGUUACCCUGCUGAAUCCCUCCAUUCAUCAUCCAAACCUGUUACCCUGCUGAAUCCCUCAAUCCAUCACCAAACCUGUUACCCUGCUGAAUCCCUCCAUCCAUCAUCCAAACCUGUUACCCUGCUGAAUCCCUCCAUCCAUCAUCCAAACCCGUUACCCUGCUGAAUCCCUCCAUUCAUCAUCCAAACCCGUUACCCUGCUGAAUCCCUCCAUCCAUCAUCUAAACCCGUUACUCUGCUCUCGGGGGGGCGGGAUGCUGCAGCCAGCCUACCCCAGCAGUCAGCAGUCACCGGGCAGCAGGCGGGCGGGGAGACGCCCUGGACGGGCCGCCAGGCCAUCACAGGCCCACUGAGGACCAGAGAAAGAUAAAUGUCUUCACUUAAUUGUCUCACUUGUAUUCGUUAUAUCAUAGUUUAUGGACAAAUACGCAGGAAGAACUUUGCUGUACAGAGUUACAUUUGUAUCCCAAGAAAUACGAACUGAUGUUAUUAAUACAUGUUCCACUUAUUUACGUUCAGUACCUGUCUCACGACUCCCUGCCAGCCAGGCAGCAUCUCUCUUGUGGGGCAGUUUGUAGUUGUCACGGGCAACGUCGCACAAUACCGGCUAAUGUCCUUUCACACUGGCCAAACCCCCCGCUAACGUCCUCCGCCUGUGGGCGGGGUCAAAAGGCGGAUGUCAGCGGGGUUUUGGCCAGAAAACUACAGCCAAUUACAGCCGAAUUGGGUCAACCACACCUACUUCGUUGCUAUUGGUCGAGGCUGCGGAUUCGCCAAUCAACAUCACCCAAGUUGAACCGCACGCGAAGGGAAGACUGGCAGCCCGGGUUCUCGUCCUUGUAAAACGUCACCAGUCGCGGUCCGAGUACUGUUCCAAUACACAAGUCCACGCUACGCCAAGAACGCUUCAAAUUCCCGGAAGUGUUCUUGACGUGAUUGGUUGUCACGUCGGCCAAUAGACCGCGCGGAACCGAACCUCGAAGCGCCCUGACUGCCAGACGGCAAUUAGCCAGGGCGAAUUAAUUUGGACGAUAGUUAGCUAGCUUAGUUAGCUACUGUAAACUACUAAUAACACACGUUAGCCCCUAGCUGGCGGGUCUGACCCUUUAGCCGAGCGGUUAGUGACGUCGCCGGGCAAGAAAAUAACCGGUUAUUUUCUUGCCCGGUGCGGGAUUUGAUACGAGGUGUACUGCACCACAAGGCGACGUCACUAACCGCUCGGCUAAAGGGUCAGACCCGUUAGCUAGGGGCUAAAGGGUCAGACCCGUUAGCUAGGGGCUAACGUGUGUUAUUAGUAGUUUACGCUAGCUUAGUUUAGGAGCAGCGGCCUCGCACCCUUACUAACCAGCUGUGUCAACGUGGACGGUAAAAAACACACACAGCUAAUGAACUGUAACGUAAUCAGUGACGUCAUACGUAGUCGAAGGACCCCCGGGUCGACGUUUCGAGUCAGUGCGCUUCGAGGUUCCGCGCUGUCUAUUGGCCGACGCAACAGCCAAUCACGGCUACUUCCGUGCCUACGCCCCGUUGGAUGUAGCGUCAACCAUUCACGUUUCGUUCGCCACCGGAAGCGAUAGUUUUAUUCGCCCCUUCGCUCGCAUGGAACGGAAGUGGCCCGGGAGGCGACUAUUGGCCAGUUUGUUCUACGCAUGGGUGACCGUAGCAAGAACGCCGUGGCUGUGGUGUUGCUGAGGGUCGUCGCUGCGACUGGAACGAAGCAGGGGUCCGUUGCUUUUUGGACCCACGUUUUCACGGCAGCGCCUUCUAGAAGCCAUUAUGCAAUGCUUGUUGUUGUUGCUAGCACGACGCACUUUGGGAUUUACAAUCUAACAGUCAUGUGGCGCUUUCGCCGAAAAGCUGAGCGAUUUGCUAUGAAUUGGAAACGUAAGAGCAAUCGUAGUGAAAUUCUGCACGUUAUACCAUGAAAGUUAAAGCUCACGCAGAGACCUCAAACAUGGUAUAUUGACCCCCCCCCCCCCCAGUUUAUCCAGACCGGUCGCCUCCUCUUUACGUGUGUAUGGACAGGCUUCUGCAAGUCACUUAUACGUGUUCAUUGACACGUAUCUCACAGAUGCCGCUAGGGGCGCCCUGUAGCCUACUAGGUGUCAUGACGCAAUAGAACGUCAAAAAUAUUGAACAAAGAUGGCGGAGCGAGUGUUCCUGACUGCUGUCUGCCAACUUCUCCCAGAAAGUGCAGCUGUUUAACCUCUUCAGUGACGUCUGUCACCGCUUUAGAGUGACAUGCACGCUCCCAAUGUCCCUUUUUAUGACACUUGUUGCACUUCCUGUUCAUUGCAGGACACUUCCGCUCAUCGGUGUGCUGCGUCUUGCCGCACCUCCCGCAUUCAUCCACUAUGUCGGUUGCAGGACUGCUGCCACCAUGACGCUGUCCUCCCUUUUUGUUGCGCCCCCAGUACCCAGAAGACGGGAUUGCGGCCCCAGUGGCAACUAAUACGUGUCCAUAUACACGUUUUUCGGUCUCGCAAAAACGUGUCCUCUGACACGUACGUAUUGUGAUGUAGUGUAGAUACCAUGGCCGGGAAUUCUCAAAUGGAGCCAGUAGGAAAAUAUCCAUCUGAUCUCCUGACUAAGACUGCUAUUGGCAACACGACCGCUAGAGGGCGCUUAACUUUAAAACGUAACUAGGUUGUAAUAAGCCGCUUGUAUGAACGACCUAUGUGGUCGUUUUGUUUUUGGUGGAGGACAAGUCUCCUCUUACCAGAGCAGUCAAGCAGCGACACAUCUACAAAUAUAUCUUGCCAAAGAGGGCCCCUGUCAUACACCCGGGUGUCUAUUAAUGAAUAAAAUAUUAUCACUCUGCGUUUCUCAUGCUGAAGAUAUUUGAACCUAAGCCAUUUAACCAGUUACUACAUCAACGUUGCCGCCAUGCUGCAGGAAAUGAAGUGUCUUGUGCGCAUGUGUUGGUCAAGAAGCUCCAUGUGAUGUGAAGGAGGGUCAGAAGACGUAACCCUUUAAUUGCGUGCAUCUCUCUCGUAAAUGGGGAAUUUGUGUUUUGUACGUAAUGUUUUUUAUUAUCUAUGGGGGGAGGGGGGUCCCUUCGUUCAAGGGAGGGGGCCAAGUGGUGUGAAACAACAAAAUGGAAAUGUUCGUAUGGCGUGGCUAGCAUCUGAUUUCAUUAAUUGUCUUUGCACAGAUCAUCGAGUCAUCAGCCUUAUGUGAAGCUGAUAUGAAGGAAGUGAGGCUUGUUUUUGUUGUGGAAUUUCGAACCUAUUUAUACCGCCGUCUCCCUCCUGUCUCCCCCUCUCGUCGUUCUAUUUUAUACAGCUUAAUAAAGAAGCCAUA